UCUACUACACCCCUUCCAGCUGUCAGAUAUAAAGAGAGCAGGACAGAGGUUUGUUUCACUGCCUUGCUUCCCUUCAUCUGGAUUGAGAUUUAUAAAACAUGGAGAGCAUUCUAAAGCAGAUGGUGAGGCUGCUAUCUCUGAUAGCACUGGUCUAUGGCUGUUGUGGUGAAUCUCAAGUAUGUACAGUUCCUGAAUGUAUAACCAAUACUAGCCAUCUAAGCAUCCUAGAGACAAGAAAAAUUCUGAUGGGAUAUAAUUGUAUCAAUAAAAAAGAUCUUUCAGGUAAAGUCUUCACAAUCCCAACCAAUGAUGCAAACCCAUAUAUAAAGCUUCAUGCCAACAUCAACAAGCCUAUUACUGCUAUGACCAUGUGUCAGAGGUUCAACUCUGGCUUAGAACGAGGCCAGACUCUUUUCUCACUGGCAACAAAGUCUGCUGACAACGAAUUGAUGUUGUACAAAUCGUCCCUGGGAACGUAUCGAGUCCAUGUCAGACUAAGGUCACUGGAUUUCUUCAAUCUACCAGAUGGUAUAAAUGAAUGGAUCUCUCUCUGCUGGACCUGGGACUCUAAAACUGGUCUGACUCAGCUGUGGCUGAAUGGGAAGAGAAGUGCACGGAGGGUUAUUAGUCCUCAUGGGACUAUAACUGGUGAACCAAGCAUAGUGUUAGGUCAAGAUCAGGACACGUAUGGCGGAGGCUUUGAUCCCAAUCAGUCCUUUGUGGGGGAUGUCACUGAUGUCCACUUCUGGGACAAAGUCCUUUCACCAUGUGAUAUUAAAUACUAUAUGCAUGGACAAAUUAAAAGUCCUGGGAAUCUUCUCAACUGGGAAGCAUUGCAAUUUACCACCAACGGAAAAGUGUUCAUAGAGAAAAGUGACUUUAUAUGUUAGGGUUGGGGUAUUUCCAGGUGAUCUACGAUGCUCUUUGUUAAGCCUUGCUGAGACUUCUUUGAUGUUCAUCUUUGAUCUUUGAUGUAAUUUGGGCUAUUUGGGACCCUUACAUUUAUUCCCCGGUUCUGUGUUGGUGUGACAGAAGACAAGCAUGAUAUGUAACUAAAUCAAAUAUGAAAAUAUGAAAAAAGCAUUGCAAUUUACCACCAAGGCAAAAGUGUUCAUAGAGAAAAGUGACUUUGUAUAUUAGGGUUGUGGUGUUUCCAGGUGAUCUUAUAUGCUCUUUGUUAAAUCCACAUUAUUCAUGCACAAUAUUUUGAUUCCUGAAAUCAAAUGUCCAUUUCCAUAGGUUGUCUAGCCCAAGCUUGCAGAACCACGUUUGACAUGCUCUGCAGAAAGAUAUAGGUUCAGGUCAUUUACUGAAACGUUGCUUCUUAAUUUCAGUAUGUUGAAACUUAGUUUAGAAUGGUUUUGCAAUGCACUGUAAUGUAGCCUAAUUUCGCAAAAUUAUUACAAGACAAACAUGUUUCUUAUUUGUCGCAUCGACUCUGAUCGACAAAAGAAAAACUCUCAAGCCUGUGUAAAAUAUUUUUGCUAAUAUUGUAAGUAAAGUUUUGUCAUUUCAAACCAAAUUUCCUAAUUAGAUGAUGCCCAUUAAAAUGUAUGGAUAGAAAUGUAUGUGUUCCUAAUGCAUAAACGUGGAAAUACACGACA